AUGGACCGGGAAGCCCGUCUGAAGGCCUAUCAAUGGGUUUCGAAUACCGCCAUCGCUUUCGCCGUUGUCGCUGUUUUAUCGGUAAAUUUUCUAGCGUUUCAUAGUUCAUCCACCAUUGUCUUGAGAUCAUGUUUAAUGGAGUUAUUUUUCACAAAAAAAAAUGAGUAAAAAAGACGUUUUUUGAAGCCAACUGAAUCGAUUUUUAGAGGAUACAUUUGCCUUUUCAGGUCUGUGUGAGCCUCCCAAUGAUCUGCACCUAUACUUUCCAAGUUCGAAGGUUACUCAACAGCGAAAUUACGGCUUGCCAGGUAUAUUACAUUCUACCUUGAUAUGGAGAACAUUUUUCUCUAAAUUAAGAAUUCCCUAUCAUCUUAUAAAGCUUUUUCUCGCGAUUCCAACGGUAUACUUGCAUUGGGCUAAAAAUUCGGAAAAUUUAAGAAAACAUAAUUCAAAAAUCCCAUUUUACCCAUAGAGCAACUUUGCUGCAAACUUAACGUGUAUUUAAACAAACUUUUUCCCUAGAUAUAACUUUUUAGAUGUUGCGGAAACAGUAAUAGUUCCAAAGGAUAGCGUAUUUCAGUGCGUUUUUAAAGGCACACGACGCCUAUGUCCUUUUUUCAUUUGGCACGAAAACAACCAAUCUUUCAAGCCCUUCAUGAAUCAACUAUCACUUUCAGAAAAGCGUGAAGGAGCUGUGGAGUGAGAUGGAGUCGAUGAGAACGAGUAACAAGACGAGACCCAUCCGACAGGCUUACAAAGAAGAAAGCGGCGCUGCCGCAAGUCCGACAGCUCCUGAGACUUACCCAGCCGAAGUUGGACCUCCCAAGGAGAAGUACGAAGAAGCCACGGAAGCUCCGGCGGUUGCUGUCGCUGCAGAAGGUACAGGAUGCGGGGUUCGUACAACAUUUAAAACUCAAACGCCUUCAUCUCCAAACUUUUCAGGGCUGCUGUCCCGGAGGCCCUGGUCCAAACGGUCUUCCAGGUAAGCCAGGAAAGCCUGGAAGACCUGGAGCGCCAGGAAUGCCUGGAAAUCCUGGAAAGAGCAUUGUGUCGGCUCCUUGUGCUCCUCCGACACCACCACCUUGCCGUGUAUGCCCGACUGGCCCACCUGGAGAAGUCGGACCCCCGGGAGAAGCUGGAGAAGCCGGUCUGCCUGGCCAACCCGGCCGCAACGGAAUGGACGGCAGCGGCGGAGAACCUGGACCCAAGGGACCAGCCGGACCUCCAGGCGCCGAAGGACAACCUGGAAUGAUCGGAGAACCUGGACAGCCGGCGCGAGCUGAUUCAUCUCCGAAUCCUGGAGAGCCGGGUCCACCUGGAGAGCCAGGAGUAGCUGGACCUCCCGGACCGCCUGGACUUCCCGGCAGCGACGGCUUGCCCGGAAACGCCGGACAGAAAGGUCCAAACGGCCCCGACGGUCCGCCUGGAGAAGAAGGAAACCCGGGCCCAGUCGGUCCGAGUGGAGCUGCUGGUGACAACGGCGAGAAAGGAAUCUGUCCUAAGUAAGAUAUGGAAUGAUUUCCAAAUAAUAUGAAUCAUUUAGGUACUGUGCGAUCGACGGCGGCGUCUUCUUCGAGGACGGCACUCGGCGAUGA